GCGAUACUGCAGGGCGCUCGUACCCUCCUACAGAUGGAGGAAGCCAGGCGUCUUUAUUAUUCAACGCUCUAUAGACCGUUGCCAGCAUCGAAGCAUAUCCACAGCCCCGAUCUCGUCUUGCAUCUAAGGAUGGCAGCCAUCGUCACAACCUUGAUCUCGAGCACGAUCACCACUCUCGAGGAAGUCAUCCAUCAUCACAACGAUGUCAAAGAUGACAAUGGCCUCCCGGAGGCUUUCCAUGAAGCGGGUCGAGGGCUGCUGCUUGUCAACCAGGCUCUCCAAGCUGCCCAACGCAACUCAGCCAAAGAGCCUCAAAGCGCCAUGAGCCCCGUGUGGGCGUGCAACACCAAAGCAAACAGCUCCGCGAGCAUAUUUAAGGCCGUCGCUAAGGCACCGGAGACUUGGAGGUUCAAGGUUUACGAAGCCGCCGUGAGACAAGAGGGCAAUGGACAGACGGUGGAGGUCUUGGUGGUGGGGAUGAUGAAUGACGUAUGUGCCUUGGCCGAGAACGGUGCGAUCAGAGCUGGAAUGGAAGACCAAGUCAACGCGUUGCGCGGUGCCAUCGAGAAGCUGACAAAGAUGGAGGCGUCCGUGCUAAACGAGGGGUUGGGCGAUACUUUUACCCACUAUGGCUCUGGCGACAUGCUCAACGCUCCUGGAGGUACCGUGAACAAGAGCACAGGCAGUGGCAACCACUUCCCUGGGGCUACUUUCUCUGGAUCCGUGACCUUUUGA